AUGAAGGCCUUCUUUGUCGCCUCCGCCCUUGUCGGCGCCGUCCUUGCCCAGGACCUGCCUGCUCUGCCCGGCUGUGCUACCCAAUGCCUCACCAAAUUCACCACAGGCGGCAACAUCGGCAGCUGCCAGUCCCUUGACGCCGCCUGCAUCUGCAGGGACGCAAACUUUCUCAGCGGCAUCGCCUGCUGCCUUGCCGGCGCCUGCAGCCAGUCAGACCAGAACCAGGCCGUCGACUAUGCCAUCAAGUUCUGCGGCGCCCAGGGUGUUACCGUGCCCUCCUCCGUCUCUUGCUCCAGCUCCGCCGCCUCCACAAAGUCCGGCACCUCGACCACCGGCGCCGUCCCCACCACCUCACAGACAAACACCGCCGCCGGCGCCAAUACCGCCUCGUCCACCAGCCACCCGAAUGCCGCCCAUCCUCUUGCGACUCCCGCUCCCGAGUUGAUCGGUGGUCUGCUUGCUGCGCUGGCUCUUUUGUAA